AUGCCAGCCCAUAUGCCUCCAACAAUGGCGGAGCGUGAAGCCGAGCUUGCCGCUUUGCAAUCCGCCUUCGAUGAAUACAUUGCCUCUUCCAGAGAGUUGGAAGAAGAACUCGAUGCUGAGCUUGCGAAAAUGCAGGAAAAGCUUGCUGAUUCAUCUGCCGCCAACGCAGCUCUAUCUGCGCAACUUGAAAACAUUGCCCCUCAAUUGGCUGCCCUUGAAAAGGCUCUAUCAGAAAGUCGAAACAAGCUCAAGGAAGAGCAAAAGCUUCGACGUCAAGCCGAGCAAGCCCAAGAUGAGCUUGAGGCCAAAUUCCGCGAGGCUGAAGGUUCCUUGUUGGCAGUUCGCGAGGAAUGCGAUGCUGUCCACGAGGAAUUGGCUUUCAAGGAAAGUGAGCUCGAGGAAACCAGACUCGAGCUUGAAAUUGAAAAGGAGAAGCACCGUGUUGAAAUGGAAGAUGCCAUGGAGAACGCAGGCUCCGGCGGCGGUGGUGGUGAUGAAGGCGACAAGGAUGAAGCCAAGGAAGAACCAGAUGAAGAUGGUGACCUCUUCCCAACUGUCGAUGACGCUUAUGUUAAGAAGCUCGAAGACGAGCUUGAACUUGUCACCGAACAGCUUAUCGAAACCGAAGCUAGAUUGUCUCAAACCGAGGAGAAGCUGUCUGAAGCGGAGGAAAAGACCAAGGCUGCUGAAGAAACCGGCCCAUCCGAAACCAGUGAAGAGGAUAAGAAUACCAUGAAGUCUUUGCAAGAAGAACUUGAUGCAAAGUCCGAGUCCGAGACCAAGCUUCGUGAGGAACUUGAGCUCACCAAGGAGGAACUUUCCUUGACACAAGAAGAGCUCAAGGCUGUUGAAUUCGAUGCCACUGAAGUUUCUGGUAAACUUGACACAAUGCGUGCUGAACACCGUGAGGAAGUCAACAAGCUAAAGAAUCUAUUGAAUGACCAAGAGAUUGAAGCUAAGGUCCAACAAUCCGGAGGUGAUACAGAGACGUUCGAAAAGGCCCUUGCCGCUGCUACCAAGGAAACUGUCACUUACAAGGACGAAGUUGAUAACUUGAACACCGCCCUUGCCAACGCCAAGGCUGACCACGCCGCCGUUGUGAACGAACUUGAGGAAGUCCAACAACGCUUCGACGAAGUUCGUACAGAGGCAGAGAAACGUGGAAAGGAAGCCGCUGGCGCUGAAAUCAGAGCCGAACUCAAGGCCGAGCGAGAGGCAGAGGAAGCUAAGUUCAAGGAACAAUUGAAAAAGAUCCAAGAGGAGAACGCUGCACUUCAACAGAAGGUCAAUGACGCUGAGAUUGCCUUGGCCACCGCUAAGGACGGACAAAGCAAGGGUGAAGCCGGGGCUGAAGAAUCGAGUGAGCUUGUCAAGCAAUUGCAAGCUCAACUCGCAGCAGCUAAGGAGAAUCUCGCUAAGAAGGAGACCGAAAUGUCUGCUUCUGUCACCGAGAUGGAAGGAAAGGUCGGCUCUGCCGAAGAAAAGGUCGGCAAGCUCGAAAGUGAGCUUUCGGAGACCAAGGGCAAGCUUGCUGAAGCUGAGGCCAACCUCAUUGUCAUUCGCCGUGAAAAGGAGAUCGCGGAAGCCAAGGAUGUCCAAAAGGCGAACUUGCGCAAGAAGAAUGAAGGUGAUGGCACUGCUAAAUACCGCAGUGAACUCAUCGAUAUGGACGAAGUUCAAAAGAUCACUAGAAAACGCCGAUACCGAUCUAACUCUCCCAACAAUAUCAAGCGUUUGGAAAUCAAGGUUGAGGAUGAACAAAAGAAGUACAAGGAACUUGAGGUCGAACACGAUAAACUUAAGGAGCAAAAGAGAAUUGGUGACGCUCACAUUAACAGACUUGAAGGAGACAUCAAGGUUCUUCAAAAGCAACUAUACCAAUCUGGGGACAUGGGUACGAAGACUGAUAUGUCUCGUCUAAGUUCCCUCGCCAGCGGAAGUGCUGGCGGUGGUGACAUUCUUUCCGAGGACAAGUCGAAGGUCCAAGAAGUCAUUGAGAGCGGAGAUGUUGAGGGUAUGAAGAAGGAGCUUCUUUAUCUUGACAAAAAGUGCGCCUCCCAGCGUGACUACAAUAACCAAUUGCUAUCUAAGAUGCUUGCCUUGCAAGGAAACAUCCAAGUGUUCUGCCGUAUCCGUCCCAUGAGCAUCAGGGAAAUCCAAGCGGGAUACAAGACUGUCGUCGAAUCUCUUAGUGAGAGUGAACUUGGAUGCUUCGACUCCAGAACCCAAGCAUGGAAGAGUUUCGCCUUUGAUCGUGUCUGGGGACCUGAUCAAUCUCAACAAAAUAUCUUCCAAGAUGUCGAACCUAUUGCACUUUCUGUUGUUGAUGGUUUCAACGCCUGUAUCUUUGCCUACGGACAAACUGGAUCCGGUAAGACAUUUACGAUGGAGGGUGCUGAAGAGAACAACCAAAGAGGUAUCAGUUACCGUACCAUCCAAAAGGUCUUCCACUUGUUGUCUUUGAAGAAACAACAAGAAGCCGCCGCUGCUAUCUUGAUGAAGACUACUGAAGAGCGCACCGAAGAACCUGAUGAAUUUGUAUUUGAAAUCAACGUUGGUAUGCUUGAAAUUUACAACGACGAGUGUUACGAUCUUCUCGGAGCAGGAGGUUCUACUCUUGCCGAAAAGAAGGCUGAAGCGCAAAAGGCUGGAGGAAAGGCAUCUCUUGAUAUCCGUCGCAACCAAGACGGCCGCAUUGAAGUUCCCAACCUCACUAAGGAAACAGUCCAUACCAUCCAAGACGUUAUUGACUUGUUGAAGAGAGGCAACAAGCAUCGUGCCGUUGCUGCCACAAGUCUCAACUCUCAAUCUAGUCGAUCGCACAUGGUGUUGUGGGUCGAUGUCAAGGCUGGAAUGAAGAGUGAACCAGGAAACAAUGGAACUCUUUUCCUCGUCGAUCUUGCCGGAUCCGAACGUGUCAAGAAGUCUGAGGUUGGUGGUGAUAACCUCAAGGAGGCCAGUCACAUUAACAAGAGUCUUUCUGCACUUGGAAACGUGAUGGAAGCCCUAGAUCGUAAGGCAGCCCACGUUCCAUACCGUGACAGUAAGCUCACAUUCCUCCUUCAAGACUCCCUUGGUGGAAACUCUAGAACAAUGAUGGUUGUCGCCGUCACCCCCGUUGACUAUGCAUACGACGAGUCUAUCCAUGCUCUUCAAUUCGCCACCCGUGUCCGCCGUAUCAAUAUCGGUGCUGCGCAGAGAAAUGUCACUUCGAAGAACCUCGAGGAGACAGUUAAGGCAUUGACAGCUGAAAUGAAGACUCUGACACGACAAAAGCAAAAGACUGAUUCUCAAUUGAACAACUUGAAGAAGGAUAAUGACCGUAUCCAAGGAAAGCUUGGAAAAAUCGAUGCCGCAAGAAAGGCAUCCAAGAGUGAUAACAAGACUUUGGAAGUACUUCGUAAGAAUAACGAUGACAUGGCCAAGAGAUGGCAAAAGGAGAAGUCCGCUCGUGAAGCUGCCCUUGAAGAAGCCGAGAAGGCCACCAAGCAACUCGCAAAACUUCAAAAGUCUGUUUCUGCGCUUACGAGAGAACAAGAGUCUCUCAAGAACAAGUUGGAUGAGAAGGACAAAUUGCUCGAGAAGAAGGCUACCGAGCUUCGAACAGCAAAGGAAGCAGCAUCUGCAUCCAACAUUCGUGCCCGCAAGGCACAAGUUCUUGGUUCCAGAGCUGAACCAAAAGCGAGAACGAAGAGAGCGUCCGCCACUGCCGCCGCCCCUGAAGAAACUUCUGCUACUCCUCCGGAAGAAGUUAAGGAGAUCCGUGAAAAGGUUCUGGCUCUUCUCAAGGAGCACGAUCAAGGCAAGGUCAACAGGAUCGACAUUAUUAUGGAGAAAUUCAAGGGCAAGGAGAAUCUGUUGCUAGAAAAGAUGACUCAACGAUACGAGAGUGGCACCGCCGCGAAUGACGCCAAGACACGAAGUGAAGCUGCUGCUCAACGUCACAUGUUACGUAUGAAGAAGCUUCGAGAGAAGAAGGGAUUGAAAUAA